AUGUAUAAAGCUGCUGAUAGCUGCGAGCUGCCAAUUAAUUUAAUUAGCAUCCGUCGAGUUUUGCCACACUGUUUAUUUGAUGGAAGAAGCUUCAUGGAGAUUCCCUUAACUUAUUCUGUUCCUUCCAUCCGUAAUAUAGCUGCAUACUACUUGCACGAUCCUCAUUAUAAAUACCCCAUUAGCCUCUCCCUCGCCAAUGAUCUUAACAAGUCUUUUGAUUUGAGAGACCCUCAGAUUGAAUCAAAACCAGGCCACACGCUUUGCUUGUUCUUCAUGGCAAGAGCAGGUUUAUUCACCAAACCAAACUUGCUGCUCCUCAGGUGGAACAGAGAACAAGCAAAGAGAGGAAAGAGUGGGGUGAGCAAGGUGUACGGGAAAGCCGGAGGAGGAGGAGGCGGCGGCGGCGGCGGCGGAGAAGAAGAAAGGUACGAGAUUUCUUCAAGAGGAAGAGGGAACGCAGUGGGAGGAGGGACGACGGCGGUGUGGGUUCCACAUUCGAGGACAGGAAUAUACGUCCCGAAAGGCCAAGAGGGGGUGAUGGAGGACGUGCCUGAAAAUGCAGCCACUUUCACUCACACUUGCUGGUUCAGAAGUGACCAUGACCUCAACUAUCCCAACCCCUGAUCCCAUAUCCAUGCAUCAACCUCGUCUCAUAUUUCUCAACCAAAAUCCCUCCUUUUAAUAUUAUACAUGUAUGUUUACGCUAUGCAUCUGUAUUAUAUAUCCUCUGUUUUUAAAUAAUAAAUUAGCCCAACAAUAUGAUCA